CCAGCCAUCACCCACAGAACCAGUACCAAAACAUUACAGCUCUCUUGCCUUGCUGCUGCACGAAUAUCACAACAUUUCAUCAGUGCGAUUCUCGACGAUGCACGGUCAACACGGUCCGGUUGUGCAUGAUUCUUGUUAGUUGUGAUUCUAGUUAACCCGCGGACCAACAUGAUGAGCAUAGUUAUUCUGAAUGGCCACCGCCAGCUGCUGCCGGGCCUGUGUCGCCGCUCCUUCCGAAAUGUUCAGCUGGCGUUACGUCACUACGAAUCCAUGCCACGGCGGACCUCCGCUGGUCACUUGCGUGUGACACACACAUUUCGUAACGCCACCCCGCUGAACCUGCGACGAUUGGUACGGGGAGCAGCGACAAGUUCUUCCGCGGCAAGCGAUAAUGCACCAUCAUCACCACCUGUUGGGAAACAGGCAAAGGCCACAAAGGUCGCGUUGAAAUCUACGGACGUGAAACGACUGCUGGAGUUUGCGAAACCGGAACGAUGGAACAUUGCGGGAGGAGUCAGCUGCCUCAUGAUUUCGUCUGCCAUUACGAUGUCCGUACCGUUUGGUUUGGGGAAGAUUCUGGAUAUUAUCUACUCGACGUCGGCUGAAACUGGCAUAGCAAAGGAAAAGCUUGACCAAUUUUGUCUUUUGCUGGGCGGAGUAUUUCUUCUCGGAGGGUUGGCCAACUUUGGAAGAGUUUACCUGUUUAGUAACGCUUCUCUGCGAAUAACGAAAAACAUCCGUUCAAAAGUAUACAGCUCCAUGCUGAACCAGGAAGCGGGUUGGUUCGAUCAACGAGGCACCGGUGAGCUGGUUAAUCGAUUGUCCUCGGACACAUACCAGGUUGGAAAUUCUCUCAGCAUGAACCUCUCCGAUGGACUGCGUUCCACGGCAAUGAUCCUGGCCGGGGCCGGCAUGAUGGUUUACACGUCACCCCAACUAGCCCUUGUCGGGAUGUGCAUUGUGCCGUGCGUGGCAGGAGUGGCCGUCGUUUACGGUCGUUUCGUGAGAAACAUUACGAAGGAACUCACCGACAAGUUCGCCGACGUCAUGAAAGUGGGCGAAGAAAGGCUGGGCAAUAUUAAGACGGUGAAGAUGUUCUGCAAGGAAAUGUACGAAAAGAAACUGUUUACGGAACAGCUGAUUGAUGCUCUGAACAUUGGCUAUCGGGAAACGAAAGCCAGAGCGACGUUUUAUGGAAUGACCGGCCUCUCUGGCAACAUCAUCAUCCUUUCGGUGCUGUACUACGGCGGAACCAUGGUCAGCAACAGUGAAAUGACCGUUGGCGCGCUAACAUCGUUUAUCCUGUACGCGGGAUACACUGCCAUCUCCAUUGGAGGCCUUAGCAACUUUUACACCGAACUGAACAAGGGCGUCGGAUCGGCCACCAGGCUUUGGGAAAUCAUCGACCGGAAGCACACCAUUCCAGUCGAGGGUGGACUCGAACUGCGGCAGGCACCCAGCGGAGAAAUUGUGUUCAACAGUGUUCAUUUUAACUAUCCUAGCCGGCCCGAUGCGGCCGUUCUGAGCGGGCUAAGUUUACGCAUCGAACCGGCCACAUCGACUGCGGUUGUGGGCAGAAGCGGUUCCGGCAAGUCGACGCUGGCUUCGCUCUUGCUACGAUUGUACGAUCCCAAUUCCGGAAGCAUUCAAUUGGACGGUCACGAUCUUCGUGAACUCAAUCCCAUGUCUUUGCGGAGUUACAUUGGUGCCGUAAAUCAGGAACCAAUCCUGUUCAGUGGAUCAAUUCGCGAAAACAUUCUGUACGGACUGAACAUGGGCGAUCGAGUUUCGGAAAGUACGUUCGAACGAGUUGUUCGCGAGGCCCACGUGCACGAGUUUGCGCAAGAUUUUCCCCAAGGUCUGGACACGCUUGUCGGUCAACGGGGAGUCAUGCUGAGCGGUGGACAGAAGCAGCGGGUGGCGAUUGCGAGGGCAAUCAUAAGGAACCCCAAGAUUCUAAUCCUUGACGAGGCUACCAGCGCACUGGACGCAGUUUCGGAGCAGCUGAUCCAGGAUGCGUUGGAGAACUUGACGAAAAACCGAACGGUUCUGACGAUAGCGCACCGGCUAAGUACGAUUCGAAACGCGACCAACAUUGCCGUGCUGCAGGAUGGUAAAAUCGUGGAGCACGGAAACUAUCUCGACCUUAUGGCGAUGGAGAAGGGUAUUUUUAAGGAGCUCGUCCAGCGGCAAACAUUCUCGACGACGGCGUGAAAAAUUGAAGGUUUUUUGGUAUUUCUAGCGUAAUAAAAGAGUCGUGUGCUAUGUUAAUUAGGGAAACGGUACUUGUUGUGUUUGUAAUUAUUACAAUUUGUUUAUAAUAAUAAAAGAAUAUUGCUAAUA